GUAAAUGCGGUUUUUUUUUAUUAAACUCAAAAGUACGAUAUUAAUUUGAUGAAUAAAACUUUUGAAAGUAAUGAAAACAAUUACAUAUUGAGAAAAUGUGUCUAAAGCAAUCGAGAGCAAACUUUUUUUCAAGAGCCUGUGCAUGCAACCAUGCACUGGACGUAAAUCGAGUUAAUAAUGUGGAACAGUUUUAAUUGUGUAUGCAGUGAAGUAUGAGCGUGAUCUUCUCCAUCAAAGAAGGAUGGAUCAUAUCCCAUUUAAAAUAUCUUAAUAACAUUUACACGAACGUAAAGAAUAACAAUACGCAGUAUAAGCUAAGUUUUAAUGAGAUACUGUUCGAAAUCAAUUCGCAAUACUUGCGACACAAUCAGACAACUCAAUCCGAUCAGCAUGAGGGUUGUUCGAUUCAAAGCAAAAUUAGAAAACGAAAACGAUCGAAACUUUUACCGGACGAAGAUUUGAAAGAAAUAAAUGAUAUUACACAAAAGUUCAGUAAAAUAAUUUCAACUGCAAAAGCAGAAGGAUUAUUUUCGGCUAAUAUAUUGUCUGAUAACAAUGAAGGUGCACGUUUGGAAUCGCAAAAGUUUUACCAAGACACUUUUUAUGAUGAGGAAAAGAAUUUUUAUGGUUGUAAUGACACAGAUGUAGCUAUUAUAUCUGAAUUGAAGAAGAAAGAGUAUGUCUUUCCUGAGAAAUGCAGAUUUCAUUGCUACGAUGUGAGAGAUAUCGCAAACAAGCUGGAGCUGAGCAACCAAUAUGAUUUCAUAUUGUUGGACCCUCCUUGGUGGAACAAGUCCAUAAGGAGGAAAAAAACCAAAUACUCACAAGCUAGUUAUAAAAUGAUGUACAACGAUGAGUUGGCCAAGAUACCAAUUGGGAAAUUACUAUGCUCAAAUGGACUUGUAGCAAUAUGGUGUACCAAUGCUCCAAGCCAUCUACAUAGCAUUUUUAAUAAUAUAUUUCCAUCGUGGGGUAUUACUUAUAGAGCAAAGUGGUAUUGGGUUAAAAUUACUCAAGCAGGAGAUACAAUAUGUAAUUUUAAUUUCGCGCCUGGUAAACAGCCUUACGAAUUAUUAGUUCUUGGUUCUGUACUAAAUGGUAAUGAAAUAGAUAUCCCCGAAGGGAAAUUGUUAAUAAGUGUACCAAGUGCAGUGCACUCUCAUAAACCACCGCUGACAGAAAUUAUGAGAGAAUAUUUACCAAGUGAACCAAAGUGUUUAGAAAUAUUUGCAAGAUACUUAUUACCCGGAUGGGCAAGUUGGGGUCUUGAAGUGUUGAAGUUUCAACAUUUAUCAUUAUAUACGGUAGUAGAAGAAACGAAAGAAACUCAAGCAAACAUCGAUGUAAAUAAAUCGAUUGAUUAAUAUUAAAUUUCAAGAGAACAACA